UGAUGAUUGCAACCAAAAGGAAUAGUUAAAAAGGCACAAAAUCUAUACAAAUUAUGAAGGGGAGAAAUAAUGUUUAGACAAAUUAAUUUUAAUUUGUGCAUGAAAAGGCCAUCUCAACAGCCAUGGCCAUCUUUUCACUCUUUCAAGAAAAUCUAUUGAAGGAAAAGAAAUGAAAAAUAAUAAUAAACAAAAAAGGAAAUAGAGACUACUCGUAUUUCCUUAUCAAACCAACCCUACUCUCCUCCCAAAAGCAAGCAAGCAAAAAACAGGACCCUGAGUCUCACACCCUUGCUUUUUCUUUUCCUUAAAGUACUAUCUAUCUCAUUUUCUCUCUCUUAAAUCUUCAGGUAGUUAGAAGGUUAGUGUAAUGGAGUAUUCUUCAAAUCAAGUUUUCGCUUCCUCUCUAUGUACUCCUCUUUAAGGAUUCCUCAACUCAUACAGUACUUGUGUAAGUUUAGUUUGUCUCCCUACAGUGCUUCGAUCCCUCUAGUACGGUGUAUCAACGUUAUUAUCCAGCACGUGAUUAACUUCAUAAUGCCCUUUGGGUUGGUUUCGGCAUGGAACAAACGGAGGAGGAGCAAAUCUCAGGACCAGGGUGAAUCCUGUAAGGCUGAAGAUUUCGAUUGUGUCUUUUUUAAGGUUUCGAUGAAACUGGCAAAAGGAGGGAUUUACAAACCUGUAGAAUAUUGGCAACUUCAGGAACAGAACCCACCUGCAAAAAGACACCAAGGAUCAUCUGUUUUCACCCUCAAGGAGAUGGAAGCAGCCACAAAAUCAUUCAGUAACGAGAAUUUUGUAGGAAAGGGAGGUUUCGGAUGGGUAUACAAGGGCACCCUUCGAUCAGGAGAGGUUGUAGCAAUCAAGAAAAUGCAGUUGCCACCUGUUAAAGCAGCAGAAGGUGAGCGUGAAUUUCGAGUGGAAGUUGACAUCUUGAGCAGGCUGGACCAUCCGAAUCUCGUUUCGUUAAUCGGUUAUUGUGCCGACGGAAAGCACCGGUUCCUUGUGUAUGAAUACAUGCAGAAUGGCAACCUACAAGAUCACUUGAACAGUGAAAGAAAGAUGGAUUGGUCAACAAGGCUCAAAGUGGCACUAGGGGCAGCAAGGGGGCUUGCCUAUCUCCAUUCAAGUUCAGCAGUAGGGAUUCCAAUCAUCCAUAGAGAUCUCAAAUCAACCAACAUUCUUUUAAGCACCAACUUUGAUGCCAAGAUAUCAGAUUUUGGACUUGCAAAGUUGAUGCCAGAAGGACAGGAGACCUAUGCAACUGCCAAUGUAUUAGGCACUUUUGGCUACUUCGAUCCAGAGUAUACAUCGACAGGAAGACUGACCCUACAAAGUGAUGUUUAUGCAUUUGGAGUAGUGCUGCUUGAGCUUUUGACAGGACGCAAAGCGGUCAACCUAAACCAGGGGCCAACAGAUCAAAACCUCGUGUUACAGGCUAGAAACAUGUUGAAUGACCGAAAGAAGCUGCGAAAAAUUAUAGAUCCUGAGCUACCACGGAACUCGUACACGAUGGAAUCUACAGCUAUGUUUGCAAAUUUAGCAUCACGCUGUGUACUGAUUGAUAGUACUGAGAGACCAACCAUGUCAGAGUGUGUUAAGGAGCUCCAACUGAUUUUUCAUACGAAUUCCAAAGGCUUGGGUAUGGCUCUACAUACAUUUCGAAUGAUCUGAACCAACAAGCUUCCAUCAUCUUCCAUCAUAGGAAUGGUCCAACAUUCAUUCAACCAAUUCAUUUCAUGGCAAAGCUUCUAAGAUUUAACUUGCCUUGGUCAGUAGUUCCUUAAAGGAGAGAAAUUGUAGGUUUUAUUUCAUUUUGUAUCCCUCACAAAGAGGAGGGGGGUCACUUUUCGUGUUUGUUGGUGUGGGUAUGGUACAUGUUAUCUUUUAGUAUUUAUAGAACAUGUAUGUACGAGUUUAUUAGUGAAACGGAAUGAUUUGCACAGCUCCA